AUGACUUCAUUGCUGGGUCGGUUCUUCACACCUCCCACAAGGGCAGAUCCGCCUCAGCAUGAUCCCUUAAGCCAGAUCUCUGUAAAAGCAGAAUCAACAAGAAGGUCUCGCAAGAGACAGCCCAUAAACGCCAGAACAAGAAAGAGCAUCUCUUCACUUUUUGGGUUGGGCAUUAAGGUUGUCCCUGAAGAGGAUCGGCAAGUUAUCCUAAAGCAAACCAUCGCUACUUGUCAAGAGGCUCAGCAUUACCCUAUAUACGAUCCGACCAACCCUGAACAUGAUCCAGGUGCAGUUUCCACUACCAGUCCGCAGGGUUCUGUCAGCAAUAAGAGAGGUCUUUCUCAGAGUCCCACUAAGGCACCUCGUUGGAAGGAAUCGCCUUCGCCGAAAAGACCUACAACUUCUGCGAGAGCAAGAGCCAGGCUACAGGUGUUUGCGGACACUCUCAGGGCUAAGGCAAACAUAUUUUACGAAGCACACCAGCAAAGCUUCGAGGAAGAACUGAUGCUGCAUGAAGUACCAGUCCCUCCGACACCAAAUAGUGCUAAAAGUAUCUGCUCUAAAAAAUCCGUCCGAUUUCGCAGUGGUCAUUCUGUCAUCGGCAAUGUGCACCAACAUAGCUCACCAAUAUCCGUCCCAAAGAAGACUCCUCCUUCGUUGUUGACGGUAGAUAUUCCAAGUACACCGGCAUUUGAGAUAAACUCGGAUGACGAGAAGAGCCUUCGGCAAACAGCUAGAACCCUAGAACAGCUGUCUUUACCUGUGUCUUCACGGUCAUGCCCCAAACAUAGCAACCGGCCACAGCUCUCUCUGAAGGUAGAAGAGGCCAUAAAAUGUGCCCCAGAACUACCCACACCAAUGCCAGGUACCAAUCUGCCUCUCGAGGAUCCAUUUAAUGACACUGCUGCUGCCUUGUGCUCUGAACAACCGACUAUAAGGACUCCCACAAUUUCAAUAUGCUCAGACCAGGGCUACAUAUCUGAUGAAGAAAGCAACGCUGGGAUUGGUAUUAUCAACACAGCACGCGCCCGUCACCCAAAAAUGCUUACUGCACAGAGCAAGUUUGAUCCUUCUCUUGGAACCAAGAAGUCUACUGAACCUGUCACGUCUUCUCUCGCCAAUGAUCAUGCGAAGCUAUCAUCUAACAAGAGCCCCACAGCUGCCCGAAGGGCACUUUCGAGCACCAACGACUUGCCACUCAUUAUCCAGGAGCGAUCAACUAUCCUAAGACCACCUUCCGAAACACAGUACGAUGCCGACGCCGAGCGGUCUGAUGGUAGUGAAGCACAGAAAGAACCACCAGUCCCACCUCUUUCACAACGCGUCCAUAGUCGGAAGCAGCAUGUGUCUCAAAAUGAAGCUGAUCUGUUGGAAAGUGCCAGCACAUCUCCACUGUCCAUCUCCUUAAGUCGUCGAUCUUCGUUGGGUAAACCUGGUAUUCUUGUGGAAUCUCAACAGCCAGGUAGCCAAGGUUGGGCGACGGACAUGCAGCAACCUCCAGAUAUUACUCAAUGUCUAAGGGUGGGAAGUAUACCGUUGCAGACCAGGUCCCUGUCAAAUUUUUCGAUCAUCUCGGCAACUGAGACACAAUCGGCUUCAGCUCAGCACCCAGAGCUUCCCGAGGCAAUAAGAAUGAUAGAAGAAGCAAUGGAAGAUCAUGCUACGGCCGAGCAUUAUCCUGAGUUGACAGAUAGCCAGAUCAAGUUGUUCACCCAGCCAGCACAUCCUAACACCCAAUCACAGAUUCCAACACCAAGUCUUGGAGUGCCCGCGCGAAAGCAGAGUUCGGACGAGUCGCAAGAGACGGAUGAGACCACGGGAUCAACAGCGCUGUCCAGCACAGUUUCUGGUUCAGCUGCCCGUCGGUCGUCUUCUGUAGCAUUGAAGGAUGGGCUGCAUGUUGAGCACCAACGCAGCACGGACGAGGCCGAUUUUGGUGACAUCGCGAUGUUCAACAAGCACCAGUAUAUUGCAGAUACACCAAGGCCACUAGAUGCCAGUUAUGCAGAUCGAAGUCUCAGCAGCGCUGACAGUCACCGUAACCCCAGUCAUCUUGACGAUGCUGAAGCCGAGAAGAUAUCGUCUGGAACAGGGUGA